AUAAGUUAAAUUUCAUGUCGCUAAACAAAGCUACAAAAAAAUUGAGGGGUCAAAUGCUGUCAAGUACCAUAACUUAAGGGACUCAUCUGAAACUUCCAAUCUCCGGCAACCCCGCCGGAACAAUCUUCACGUAGAACGAAGCUCACGGCCUACAUUCAAUUCAAACCACCGGCAACUCCGCCUUUCACUACCUACCGUUGAAGCUUCCACUAUAUCUACAUACACAUUUGCCUUCAUUUCUAUCACUCACUCCUUCCUACCUUUCUACACCCAAUCUCUUUACAUCAUGGCAAAGAUUAAGAUCGGAAUCAACGGAUUCGGAAGAAUCGGACGGUUAGUCGCCAGAGUUGCUUUACAGAGCGAUGAUAUUGAACUUGUUGCCGUUAACGAUCCGUUUAUUACCACUGACUACAUGAUUUACAUGUUCAAAUAUGAUAGUGUUCAUGGCCAAUAUAAGAAGGGUGAAAUCAAAGUUAAGGAUUCCAAGACUCUUCUCUUCGGCGAUAAACCUGUUACUGUUUUUGGCUGCAGAAACCCGGAGGAAAUCGCGUGGGGUGAAGCAGGAGCUGAGUAUGUUGUGGAAUCAACUGGAGUUUUCACAGAUAAGGACAAAGCUGCUGCUCAUUUGAAGGGAGGUGCGAAGAAGGUUGUGAUCUCGGCUCCAAGUGCGAACGCUCCCAUGUUUGUCAUGGGUGUAAAUGAAAAAGAGUAUAAAUCCGAUAUCACUAUUGUGUCUAAUGCUAGCUGCACCACUAACUGUCUUGCUCCAUUGGCAAAGGUUAUACAUGACAAAUUUGGCAUUGUUGAAGGCCUUAUGACCACUGUUCACUCCAUCACAGCAACUCAGAAAACUGUUGACGGUCCAUCAAUGAAGGAUUGGAGAGGUGGAAGAGCUGCUUCUUUCAAUAUUAUUCCCAGCAGUACGGGUGCUGCUAAGGCUGUUGGAAAAGUCCUUCCUGCCCUUAAUGGGAAACUUACAGGGAUGUCAUUCCGUGUCCCUACGGUUGACGUAUCUGUGGUUGACCUUACUGCUAGGCUCGAGAAGCCCGCCUCAUAUGAUGAUAUCAAGGCUGCUAUCAAGGCUGAGGCAGAGGGGAGUAUGAAGGGAAUCCUAGGAUACACCGAGGAUGAUGUUGUGUCUACAGACUUUGUGGGUGACUGCAGGUCGAGCGUAUUCGAUGCGAAGGCGGGUAUUGCUCUGAACAACAACUUUGUGAAACUUGUCUCGUGGUAUGACAACGAAUGGGGAUACAGUAACCGUGUUGUUGACUUGAUCCGUCAUAUGGCCAAGUCUUGAGCUGUUGAUGAUGUUCGAGUUACGAUUGCAUGCAGAUUGAUUCAGCUUCAUGGUUAUGGAGUUAUUUGGGGAAUAAGUAGAGCUGAAUAGUUUGUUUUUUACACUUUGCAACACUCUGUUGUUCACAAUUUUGAUUAAACGCGAUGGUUUACUUAUUACUUUGAUCAAUAACGAGAAACUCCUAUAGCGAAUCAAGGGCUCUCUUUCAGAA